AGAACUUUGACAUCGUCAUGGUCGAAGUGCAGGAGGCGCUUGUCUUUGGCUAUCUUGUUGCUACUUUCCUUCUUAACUCUAGUCGUAUUCGUAAAGGUAUCCAUAGCGAUAUUCAAAGAAUUCUUGAUUCUCCUCAAAGACAAAGCUUUAAAAGGGGAAACGGAACUGGUUAAAUUAAUGUACGAAAUUCUAUAUCUCCAAAUGUUUCAAGGGUACCUUUCAGUCAAUGAUUUUGCAAAUGCUGUGGAAUGCGGUAGAGAGCUUUUGGUCUUUGAUAACGAAACUGGGGACAGAAAUCAAGAAGGGAUGUUGUACUUUAAAUUGGGGAAAUUGCACUAUCUCAACUGUAAAUAUCAAGAAGCAAAAUCGUUCUUUGAAAAGGCAGGGAAUAUCAACAUAGCAACUGGAUCAACAGUAAGUGAGGGAUCAUGCUACCUCAACUUAGGAGCUGUUCUAAAUUCCCUUAGUGAGAAUAUCGAGGCUAAAGAAUGUCUCGAAAAGGCACUUGCAAUAGCUAAAAAGCUUAACAAUGGACGAGGAGAAUCCCUGUGCUAUGGAAGCCUGGGAAAUGUAUUCAACUGUCUCGGUGAAUAUGCCAAGGCUAAAAAAUAUUACGAAAAAGCGCUUGCACUUCGACAGAAAAUUGGAUUCAAGGAAAACGAAGCUCUCUGUUACGCAAACCUAGGAUCUAUGUGUAAUAUUCUUGGUCAACAUGACAAUGCUAAAGAACAUCUCCAAAAGUGGUGACAGGAAGAGUCAAGCCUUUUGUUUCAAAAACCUCGGAAAUUUGUUGAAGUCUCAUGACAAUGCCAAAGCUAAAGAAUAUUAUAAAAAGGCGCCUGCAAUCACAAACGAUAUUGGCGACAAGUCGACAUAAACGAAGCCUCGUGUUAUCUAGCCUGGCCUGGGAACUGUGUUAUAUGAUCUCAGUGAACUGGCAAAAUCUAAAGAAUGUACCGAAAAAGCCCUUGCAACGGCAAAGGACAUUGGCAACAGGGAAAUAGAAGUCUCCUGUUCCGGAAACUUAGGAACUGUUUCUCAGACCCUCGCGGUGAAUAUGCAAAGCUAAAGACUACUUCGAAAAAGCGCUUGCAAUUGCAAAAGAAACUGGUUACAAGAAAACCGAGGCUACAUCUUCGUUAUCUCUAGGAAUAUUGCUUAAAAGUCUCGGUGACUACUCCAAGAGUGAAAAGCAUUUAGAGAAAGCACUUCGUAUGACCAAAAAAAAUAGGCGAAAGGAAUGAAGUAGCGUUAUUAGAAGGUUAACUCGGAAAUCUGUCUUCGUAUGCCAGUGAAAAGGUUCAAGAACGUUACGAAAACUAAGUCAAGAUCGCAUGCAAAAGAAAGUGGUAGCGGGAAUAUUAUAGCGUCAGGUUAUCUAAACUAACCUAGGAGAGUUGACAUGUGGACUUGGAGACUAUGACAAGGCUAAAGAGUAUCUCGAACAAGCAGUUUUGAUAACUGAACAAAUUGGUGACAUAAAUGGAGUGGUCGCUUCGUGCAGAAUGCUUGGAACCGCGCUUCAUUUUCUUGAUGAUUACUCAAAGGCUAGAGAAUAUCACAAGAAAGCUGCAUCAGUCAAGAGAUUGGAGACAUUUCAAUGGAAAUAG